CCUUCUUAUUCUGCCCGCCUCUAUAUGAUCACAUGGAUUUAAUGUUAGAAACAAAUCCACCAAGGGAACAGAGAGGUUGAAAGCUUUUAAGACCGAGGAGCAGAAAUGUCAUUUGCACAGGAAGACUGGGGCUAAGAAAGAUCUUGGAAGACAGGCUGAUGGAACAGCAAAACAAGGACCUCUGGAUGAACAUUUAGGAACUAAGAGGGAUUGCAGUUUUGAGAUUCAGUAAGGGCUUUCCGUCAAUAGCACCAUAAAUGGAGCCUUCAGAAUUGUCUUCCAUAGUGGAAGAUUUCCCAAAGCUAGGGUCUGAGAAAGAAAAGGACAUAGAGACCCAAGGAUAUUUCGCUACAAAACAAUGUGAAAUCAGUUCAGAAAGGAAUGACAGUGGGUCUAUAGGGAAAGAUGACAUAAUGGAAGCCCUUGCAGGGGAAGACACCAAAAAGAAGACAGAAAGGGCAUCAGAUCGCUCAAUCUCAAGCACAUCCACCUGCUCUUCAGUUGCAUACUCUUCUCCAGAAAGUGACCAGGUCUUUAGUGAAGAGGAAGAGAUUCAAAUGAAGCGGAAAACCCUUCGUAAGACCAAAUCUUGGAAGACGUUCUUUACAAUGGUGCAUUGGUCCCUUCGUCGGCAGAAUUCCUGGGUACAGCUGGCUGGACACGAAGGUAACUUUAAGACAAGUGAGCGAGGCCAUAUCCUUAAGAAGUUCAGUCCCAUAGAGAAUGCCUGUCUGGUGGCACUUAUGGAGGAUGCCCUCAGACCAUAUGUACCCACCUAUCAUGGCUUGGUGGAGAGAGAUGGCCAGACAUAUAUAAAGAUGGAGGACCUCCUCAUGGGCCUGGAAUGUCCUAGCAUUAUGGAUUGCAAAAUGGGUAUCAGGACAUAUCUAGAAGAGGAACUUGCAAAAGCCCAGCUGAAGCCUACCCCACGUAAAGACAUGUAUAACAAGAUGGUCAUUGUGGAUCCCUUAGCCCCCACUUCUGAAGAGAAUGACCAGAAAGCCAUCACCAAACCUCGUUACAUGCAGUGGAGGGAGACCGUAAGCUCGACAGCUCUGUUGGGCUUUCGCAUUGAAGGAGCCACAAUUGAAGGGGGUCCCGUGAAGAAAGACUUCAAGCAAAUGAAAAGCAGAGAGAAGAUCAUGGAGACAUUUAUCACUUUUACCAAGGGUCGGACUGAUAUUAUGGCUGCCUACUUGAACAGACUGGAGGGCAUGCAAGCUGUUCUUAAGGAAUCUGUAUUCUUCAGCACACAUGAGGUGAUUGGCAGCUCCCUCCUUUUUGUUCAUGACCGUCGAGGCUUCUCAAACGUCUGGAUGAUCGAUUUUGGCAAAACAUCUCCAGCACCUGCUCACCUUACCCUGAGACAUGAUGUGGCUUGGGAGGCUGGGAACCAUGAGGAUGGCUACCUGCUUGGGCUCACAAAUCUCAUUCAGACCAUUCGGGACACAAUGCAGAAAUUGGAGGAAAGCAGGGAAAUUGUGCCCAAAGAGCCAGAAGAAAAAGCAAUAGAGGAAAUAAGGAAAAGCCUUUCAUGUAAGAGUGCAUCAACAGAAAGGGAAAUAAAUGAUACCAUUGCAAAGACAGCAGAAAAAGACCUUUUAACAACACAAGAGCAGGGCAACACAUCGGCAGGGGUCCGUGAUACACCUGUGUGGGGGGGCGACAGAAACCUGUGACAAAAAGAACCUAUGCUGAGGUCCGUCAUAUAGGAAAGGUGUAAAGACUUACAGAGAUGGUGCUAAUCAAUUAGCAGCAUGGACACAGUUGACUUGGCUACCAAUCAUCUGAUUCAGGGAAAAGGGUUACUCAAAAUAUAAAGAAUUGUGAAGCUCAGUGUAAAACACAAAAACAAAACAUAAUUCACAAAUGAACCUCAGGCACAUCUAUAUUGGCUGGAUAUCGGAAGCCUUGGUUGGUUCACUACAAACAAAACAACAUAAAGCACCCAUCAUGGGGGGUUGCAGUAAAUUGUUAGAAGAC